AUGGAAACAAACAGACCCCAAGACCGCGACAUAAUCUACAAUCCCAACAUUAUCUCCAGCAGCCAAGUCAUCGGACUCGUCUACGACCUCAUCGUCCUCAAGCUCCUACAUGUCGCGACCGUCAUCAUCCGCGUCAUUAACGGGCCCCAAGCGGAAUCCACAAAUCCCUUGCGCUGGGCCAUCUCUCGGCGGGAGCUGCUGAUCACUGAGGUCCUUCUGGCGACGUUUUUCAGAUACGAUACCGUGAUUGAUGAUCCGGCGGAAAGGGACCGAGUGCCUGGCACAGGACCAGGAAAUGGAGCGGAAACUGGGGCGGGGACUGGAGCUGUCGUCAGGGGUGGACCUGUGCCUGUAACUGGUGGACCUGUACCCAUAUCUAGGCCUGUUUUAUCGCCGACCCCUCAGAAUCCAGCCAAUGAUAUGAUGCGUGUGCCUCAGGAGGGUGAUCUCAAGCUCGAGGAAUUUCAGGCAGCUGUGGGAGGUGACGGGGCGAGUCCGAGUCCGAGUCCGUUGGUGCGUCUUGCUUCGACCGGGUCGACUGCACGGGCCGAGUCGCUGGGUUCGUCGGAGAGGUUGAGAGUCGAGGGGAACGAGCUCGAGCGCGGAAUGCUAGGUACUGUCCCGAGGGUUGAAAACAGCUCGUUCACUCGCCCGAUUCUGAGCCAUUCAACUUCUGUUGUGUUUGAUCGAGCUACUGAGGGUACUCAAACCCGCUCGGAUUACGGUGGACUCAACCGCCAUCGCACGGUCAAUUGGAUUGCCCAGUACCCUGUCACGGAUGUUGAAGCGCAUCCUAUCUCCCUGCGACGACACCACGGCCUGACCGAGGCUCAGCUGGUCCAGGAGAGGAAGAGACUGAAACUCUGGCGAUCUGCUGACGACCGGUACGCGAGCGCCGAUGGAUUGGAGUUGGGAGCGAUGGGUAUCUCGGACACAACACGGCGUGGUAUGCGCAUCAGAAGCGUGACUUCAGUGAGACCGUUUUCCGAGGUGUAG